AUGGACUCCCUUGUUGCAGCAAACACCAAAUUUUGCUUCGAUCUUUUCCAAGAGAUAAGCCAAAACGACCCUCACAGGAACAUCUUUUUCUGUCCUCUGAGUCUCUCAGCGGCCCUCGGCAUGGUCCGACUGGGGGCGAGAAGCAGCAGCGCUGAUCAGAUCGAUAAGGUGCUAUACUUCAACGAAUUUUCUCAGAAUGAGAACGAAGAGCCAAACCCUUGCCUGAAGAGCAACACCCACGAGGUGGUGGAUGACAGUGGUGUGGAAGGGCAGGAAAGGAUGAAGGGGGCUCUGAAUCUGCCGGAUGAACCUUCCAGUGAUGGGAGUGGAGUUCUCAGCUGCUGCUUCGGAAGGCUCCUCUCUAAACUGGACCGAAUCCGAGUUGACUACACUCUGAGUAUUGCCAACAGACUCUACGGAGAGCAGGGAUUUCCCAUCUGCCCGGAAUACUUGGAUGGCGUGAUUCAGUUUUACCACACCACAGUUGAAAGUAUUGACUUCCGGAAUGACACCGAAAAGUCCAGACAACAGAUUAACUUCUGGGUUGAAUCUCAAUCGCAAGGUAAAAUCAAGGAGCUCUUCAGCAAGGACAUGAUCAGCAAUGCGACCGUGUUGGUGCUGGCCAACGCUGUGUACUUCAAGGCCAAAUGGGAGAAAAGCUUUGACUGUCAAAACACAGUUGACGCCCCUUUCUUUCUGAAGGAGAAGGAAAAGAAGACUGUCAAGAUGAUGAACCAAAAGGGCCUCUUUCGAAUUGGCUUCAUCAAGGAGCUGCAGGCACAGAUCCUGGAAAUGAGGUACAUCAAGGGGAAGCUCAGCAUGUUCAUCCUGCUGCCAUCGGCCUCUUCAGACAACCUGAAGGGACUGGAAGAGCUUGAAAGUAAAAUGACUUAUGAUAAAAUAAUGACUUGGACGAGCUCUGAACAUAUGUCAGAAGAGCAAGUGGUUGUGUCCUUCCCCCAGUUAGCCCUGGAAGACAGCUACAAUCUCAAUUCUAUUCUGCAAGACAUGGGCAUUGUGGAUAUCUUUGAUGAAUCCAAGGCGGAUCUUUCAGGAAUCUCUUCCAGCCCCAAUGUGUUCCUGUCGAAGAUAGUCCACAAGACAUUCUUGGAGGUGGAUGAAGAUGGCACCCAGGCAGCUGCAGCCAGUGGGGCAGUUGUUGCUACAAGAUCAAAGACGAGCUAUGAGACAUUUAAUGCCAACCGCCCUUUUCUCUUUUUCAUCAGACACAACAAAACUCAAACCCUCCUCUUCUAUGGCAGGGUCUGCUCUCCUUGA